GUUCUUUUCAAAUACCCUUACCAAACAAAUUACUACUCGACGUAUCAACACGGCUGUCAAUAUGGGCUCUCAACCUCAAGCAGACAUCACCCUCUACACCAACCACGCGUGCCCUUUCGCGCACAGGGCACACAUCACCCUCGCCGAACUUGGUCUCCCCGUCAGGGAGGAAAUCAUUGAUCUCAACACGCCUCGAUCCCCAGAAUACUUGCAGAUCAACCCCCGCGGCCUCGUCCCAACCAUCAUCUACAAUGGCGAGAUCAUCACCGAGUCCGCCAUCGUCGCUCAGUUCCUCGCAGAUGCGCAUCCCAGCCAUCUCCUCCCCGCAUCUACGGACAAGAACGGUCCGUUGACCAGAGCGAGGGUGGCCUUCUUCGCCGAUGCGUACUCGAACAAGGUCCAGGCGCAUAUCGGCAAGGCUAUUUACAGGGCCCAGACGGAGGAGGAGGUUAAUCAGGCUGUGGACGAUGCCGUUGCUGGUAUCGUUAAGGAGGUUGAGCCUCUUCUCAAGAAUGCGGCGCCUUUUUUCAACGGGAGCGAUAAGCUCACCUUUGCAGAGGUCCUUGUAGCUCCAUUCGUCAUUCGACUGCUAUCCUCCGCCAAGCACGGCCUCCUGCCAACCAAUCUCCCCUCCCGCCUCGAGAAAGAGACUCCCAACUUCUACAAGUGGGCACAAGCCAUCAGCAAGAACCCCAGCGUCCUGAAGAUCUACGACGAGGACCGAGUUGUUGAGGCAAGCAAGAGAGUGAGAGCCAAGUUUGCCAGCAAGGCCUAAGACUAAGAUCAAGGUGGGCUAUGUAUAGCCCAAGAUAAAUGACUGACCGCACGAUCCUUGCCUUCGCAAUGGGGUAGUUUAAAUCGCAAUGCAAGGAUCAAGAUUAAUGUAUCCGAAACUUGAGAAACAUUAACUGAUAUUCGGAGAGACGUUGCGAGAAUGAGUGCAAAUUGAGUUGCCCUUUAUGUUAUGGUUAUCAUGAUUUUAAAAAGUUUAAACCCGAAUAUGCAGAGCCUCCCGCUGCAUUAGUCCCAAUUUCCAGAUCUUGCAUUUCAC